CUGAUUUUAUGCCACGAUUGCUGCUUCACCAGAAUCAAUCAGUCGACGCUUGGCUUUGAACACGUAGUAGCUUUGCCGUAGUCAUGCAGGAAAGCGAAAGACAAAGUGUCACUGACUCGGGUACUUCACUAUCAACUCCAGCCACUCCACCUCUUUCUUGUCGGUGAAGCUCAGCUUCGGGUGACAUGAUCCGUUUAUUGUCUCGGUUUCAAUCCGCGAAGACCCAACAACAUCGCAAUGUGGGACAUCUGUUGCUCCAAACUAACCAAUGUCGGUCCUGGAGAUCUGCAGACUUCAAUUUUUUCUUUCUAUGCUGGAGGAAUCGAUUUCGAUUCUACUACCUGGCGCUGCUCCUGCUGGUGCUAGAGAGACUUGCCAUUCAAAGCCAGUUGUAGAGACGAGGACAAGCUAGCUAGCAGUAGCACUCGUAGUGCGCAAACCCCAGAUAAUUUUUAAUCCAUGUUUAUCUAUCAAUCUUUCAUCGUGGCGUGUCUUCAGAAAUUGAAAUGUUUAUGAGACCAGAGUAAGCAGUCGCAGUCCUUUACGCAAUUAUCAAAGAUUUAUAUUGAUUUUCCACGAAGAUGGAUCAGCAUCUCCCACCCAGAGGUCGUCGUCUACCGCCUGCUUCCGAGGCGGGUAGGGCAAUGAUUGCUGGCACGACACCUUCCCCAACUCUCGCAAAACUGCAGCGUAACACGACUGCAUUGCUCGUCACGACACUUCAUCUACUUUGCAGCACAUCCUCAAUCUCCGCUAGUACAACACCGGCCCGUGCCACCCAACUAAACCAGCUCCAGACGGAGCUUCGCGCCGCACGGGAAAAGGAAAAAAACAAAUCCCUCACCGGCUGUUUCUUUGUCGGCCACCAAGCACCGGACGUGGACACGGUCGCGUCCGCUGUGGUCGCAGCCUGGAUGUACAAUGGUGUAGCGACGUUACCGGCAUCGGAAAAAGACUUGGGCAAAGACGUUCAGCUGGUUUUGGCAGACGCGCACGCAGCUUCGAAGCAGGCAAACGCAACCGACGCGGGAAAAAUAGUAAGUGGAUCAACCGGAGCUGAACCACUGGCACUGGCGUUCAUCACGGCCGCGCCUGCUGCCAUUUCGGACGAAGUGGCAAAACGUACAGCUGAGGGAACUAAACCCAGAACGAAACCCUGCGUCGUCCUGGUAGACCAUAAUGAGGAGAAGCAGCGACCGGUGGCAGUGCAGCAGGGACUGGCCGACGUCGUUGCAAUUUUUGACCACCACAAAAUCGACAGCAGCGCAGCAAUUGCAUCCAACAUGGUCGAGUACAUGCAAGUGGGCUCCACGGCGACGUUGCUUUUUCAGAAAAUGAACACGACGUACUUAGAAGCGGUUUUAAAGAAGGAACAGGAGGCUGCUGGUGCUGUUGCAGCUGGAGCAGCUGCGAAGACAAAUCCAGCAGAAGAGAACUCCGAUAGUGCAGCCGCUGCGUCCUCGCCAUCAGUAGCGCAGCAGCAGCACCAGGUCGGUGAAGAUGAAAACAUCAUCAUGCAGAAGGAGCGCACAAAGGACCUGCUAAGCCUCAUCCCGAAAACCAUUCUCCGCUUGAUUCUUUACGCUAUUCUUUCUGACACGGUGAACUUGACCUCUCCUACCACAACGGAUGUCGACCGGAAGACGGUGAGUGUUAUCAACGCCUUCCUGAGCCUUUCCCCGAACAACCAGAACAAAAUGUGGCUAGAAAUGGCAACCGCGAAAGACGCAGAAUUAGCCGCUCUCUCCUUUGACAAACUCCUCGAAAAAGACGCGAAGCUCUUCACUGCGGGGAGUUGCAACGUGCACAUCGGAGUCGCGGAAUUUCUGGAUACCGCGACGCUGCAGAAAAUCUUGCACGACGAGGGGACGGCACAGUUGGCGAAGAGUAUGGAAAGCGCGAAGAAAAAUAUAGAGAAACUGGAUCCGAAAAGCCCGACUUUCUACUUCUUCUUCCUCGUCUCCAUCCAUCCGGACCGGAAGGGAUCAACGAUGCUCUUACCUGAGUCAUUUCACGAGGAGAAGGAGAUUUUGCGAAACACGUUUCCGCCCGGGAAAGUGAUCAUCACGCAAAGCCGACAGGAAAAUGAUAGGAAAAGUGAAGAUGCUGAUAAGAGUAAAAAUAAGAGCGCCACGAUUGAGACGGCAAUGCUCCCCGGAGUGUCGUCGAGGAAGAAGCAGUUAGUUUUGCUGAAGGAGUAUGUAGAGGAGGCAAUCGAAUUUCAGGAAAUUUGCGAAAAUGUAAAGAAGCAGGGGCAGCGCAGAACGAGUAGUAACUCGCAUGAUGACCUCUGAAUAGUACAGUUGUUUCACCUUCAAAUUCAAUCAUCUUGAAAAUCGGAGAAGAAGUAAAUAAAACCAUCUCUUGUCAUCAUGUAAGUAUUUGCAUUUGCUUUCGUUACCGCACUGGCAAGGGGCAAACGAGGCGAAUAAGUUUCAUUCACCACCACGCGAUGGGCUGGACCUCCACGUCGUACCACAAAAAGUAGUUACGUAGUUACAACAGCCCCCGCAGGCGGUGGGCGGUAACCUGUCACAUAGACCGCUGAUUUCGCAGGAAUCUUUGCUAAGUGAAGAAGGUAGAUAUCAGCAAGAAAAAACGAUCAUGAAUAAAAUGUCGGAUUAUCAUGAAGAAGAAGAUCUGCAAAGAUCUGACUUACUAAGCCUCGAGUUCGGAAGAUCAAUCCCUUAUAGGAAAUGCCAGGAUUUUCCCGAGGAUCGUGAAGCACGUACUGCCACCGACGAAAAAA